AUGCCAAUGAUGAAAAUUACUCCCGAGAAGCAGGACUUCUCCACACGAUCAUUGCUUAUCAGCGAGGAAACGCCCGAUUCUGCUCCUAUAGAAGACAAAGAAACAGAUUCCAAAGAUACUGAAGACACUUUCAUUGAACGAUUGGCUUUGAGGCGAACUUGGGAAAGCAGUCCACAUCCGUACCUGUUUUUCAACUCAGAUCACUUCACGUUCACUUUCGUUGGAUUUUUCAUUGACAAAUCUACUGGAAAUCUGAAAGAUCAACAGACUGGAAAAAUAUUGGAGCAGGGAAUAAUGAAAGCUAAUUUGUAUGAUGCGUUAGUGACUAAUAAUGUUCCGCUGCGAGAAAACUUUGAUGCGCUUCCAAGCUGCGACAUACCCGUCAUUAUCAUGGGAGAAACAGGGUGUGGCAAAACACGUUUGGUUAAGUUCAUGUGUGCCUUACAAAGCCCAUCCGAGGUCGAGGUCAACAACAUGAUUCUAAUGAAGGUACAUGGUGGAACAACUAGAAAGGAUAUCCAAGAAAAGAUUCGCAAGGCAGAGAAAAUAUCAGAGAAAAAUAUGAAAGACCAUGGUCAAAACAUGUACACUGUACUGUUUUUUGACGAGGCAAACACAACCGAAGCAAUUGGAGUUAUUAAAGAAAUAAUGUGCGAUAAGACUAUUUGUGGCGAACCUAUCACGCUAAGCCAGAACUUAAAAAUGGUCGCUGCGUGUAAUCCGUAUAGAAAACAUCCCGAUAUUCUAAUAAAGAAACUGGAACAAGCCGGCCUAGGCUACCAUGUCGAUGCCGAAGAAACUACAGACAAACUGGGCAGAAUUCCGAUGAGACGUCUGAUUCACAAGAAACUCCUUCCGGAUACCAUAGGUCUUGGGGAGCUUCUUGCUUCAGUCCUUACGGAAUCGCAGAAAUACAUGCGUGAUCAAAAGGAUGAAUGCAGUUUCGUAUCAUUGAGAGAUGUUGAACGUGUAUUGAUGGUUAUGGCGUGGUUUUAUGAACAGGCAAAUACAAAUAGGUUUUUGUUUGAUGCAAUGGAUCCUAUAUUAGCACGAUGUGAUGAUGAUUUACUAGACGAUUUGACACGUUCCCUGAUCCUUGCUGUUGGAGUGUGUUACCAUGCUUGUCUGCGGACACGACAGCAGUACAGAGAAAGAAUUGCACCCACAUUUAAAGAACCAUGCAAUUUACCAGGAGGUGCAAGGCAAAUGCUGAACGAAAUAGAAUGUUGCCAAGACGUCUUUCUGAACAAUGUUUCACUAGAUGAAAACAUCGCCCGCAACACAGCCUUAAAGGAGAAUGUGUUCAUGAUGGUCGUUUGUAUUGAGUUGCGGAUUCCACUGUUCCUUGUUGGCAAGCCAGGGAGUUCAAAGUCCCUUGCAAAGACAAUAGUUGCAGAUGCUAUGCAGGGAAAUAGCGCGAGAUAUCCAUUGUUCAAACAUUUAAAACAGGUCCAGAUGGUAUCGUAUCAAUGUAGUCCGUUAUCGACACCAGAUGGUAUUGUCGGAACCUUCAAACAAUGCUCAGAAUUUCAGAAAGAUAAAGAUCUAGAUAAAUUUGUGUCAGUUGUUGUUCUUGAUGAAGUCGGGUUGGCAGAAGACAGUCCACGAAUGCCGUUAAAGACAUUACAUCCACUUUUGGAAGAUGGAUGCCAGGGAGAUGAAACUCCAGAACCAUACAAAAAGGUGGCCUUUAUCGGUAUCUCUAACUGGGCUUUGGAUCCUGCCAAGAUGAACAGAGGCAUUCUGGUGCAGCGGGAAGUCCCAGAUCUUGACGAGUUAAUUACUAGCGCAAGGGGGAUAUGCCGCACACAAGAAGACGUGGAGUCAUUUAUAGAACCACUAAUUGAACCAUUGUCCAGUGCAUACCUGGAGGUGUUCCAAAGAGCAUCUGUAAAGAUGAGAGAGUUUUAUGGACUUAGAGAUUUUUACAGUUUAAUGAAAAUGGUAUAUGGCUUUGUGGCGACGAAAAAGCGUAAACCAAAGUGGCAGGAAAUGCUACAUGCGAUCAAGAGGAACUUCGGCGGGAUGGAUCUUGUAGAUCCAGAAGAAUGCUUCAAAAAGUACCUUUGCAAAGUCAUGGAUUGCUUGCAAAAUGUGUGUCGGAACAUCAACAAGAUCAAGGUUUGCAUGGAGACGGGUAACACAGUUGUAUUACUGAACUUGGAGAAUCUGUACGAAAGUUUGUACGACGCAUUGAAUCAGUACUAUGUGUACUUUGGAGGGGAGAGAUACGUGGAUCUUGGCCUGGGGACACACAGAGUGAAAUGUCCAGUUCAUAAGAACUUCAGGUUAAUUGUCGUUGCUGAGAAGCAGACAGUCUAUGCGAAGUUUCCAAUACCUCUGAUCAACCGAUUGGAAAAGCAUUUUUUAUCAGUAAACACAAUUUUAGACGAGAGACAGAUAAAUCUUGCAAAUAAACUGCAAAUAUGGGCUACAGAGCUAGCCUCGGAAAUUCCCUCAGGAUUCCAAAGGCAGAUUCGCAAAUCCACACCGAACGUAGGGGACGUUUUUAUCGGAUAUCAGACAGAUACAUGUUCUGCGAUAAUCAUGCACGUAUUUGGAAAAACAUCAGCAAAACAAGACGCAACUAUGUCUGAUCAAGAGAUACUGGAAGAGGCAAAACGAGUAUUACUUUGGAGUGCCACACCCGAAGCUCUUUAUAGAGAAAACAAGCUAGAAACAACAGAGCGAGAAAACGUCUGUAAAUGUUAUAACAAAGAACAGGCGCACGCUAGUGUCAUAGAAUACCUCAACUACAUGCUAGCAAAUAUGAAGUGCCCUCAAUUAUUUGCACAGAUCACAUGCCAUUCAAAGUUAUUGGCGGUGAAUCAUCACGAAAAAGCAAUCACAAAGGAAGUUGAGUCACUGCAACGGGUGGAAAUUCUUUCCUUGUCAGCUUUUGAUACAGAACAACAAUUCAGUAACCGCGUCAAUCAGCACUUUGUUUCCACUGAGAACCUACACAGUCUUCUUGUAAUCCAGUGUGAUUCAGGCGAUAAAAACACUAAUUUGAUAGCCUGUGCGAGGUACUGUGUGAUGGAUGAGUUAGAAAAGAUCAGGUUUAAACUGAAGAUGCCGAAACACAUCGUGUUUAUUGUGCAGCUUCCAAGACAGGCUGGAGGCUGCUUCAGUGGGUUCCAGUGUGGAGUAUGGCAAUCGGUUCAUAUAGACGAUUUGUAUGAAGAAGAUAAAGGGCUGCCUCGGAUCGAAGAUAUGUACGACAAAGGUCUUGGCGAAUUAUUCAAGGGAUUUCUGCAACAUCAGACAAUAGGAUCUUGGGAGGACCCAGAAAAAUUGGAGGCUGAACACGAUGACUUAGGAAUCGAUACGGCAAAAACAGUUGAUAAAACAAACCUUAAGGGGAUUAUUAUGCUAUGUGUGCAACCGGCAUUGUCCAUGGUAAAGGAUAAGGAUAAAUUUCCAAACCGAGAAACAAGAAGAGUGGAUAUUGUGUUGAGCUCUUUACGUGACAAUAAAGAUGAGACAGGAAGCGAUGCGUUUGUAAUCGGUGUCAUCAGUUUGCUUGGAAAAUUACUUAUUGAGAAGGAAAAGGGAAGCGGGUAUCUUGCAAAACAAUGGAUGACCAAAGAGGCGGCUGCCACAGAAAACAUCAACAAGAACGGAACUUUUCGGAGAUCGUGUUAUAAUACAAUUGUUGCUAAGGUGAAGCAAUUAUUAGCUGGCGUAUGUGCGUUCUUGGAUACCAAUGGCAACCUCGACCUUAUGGUUUGCGAUGUUCAGUGGAAACGCACCUUUUUCCAUCAAUGUCUUACCACAGAGGGUAUUUUUGAGUUGAAGUAUUCGGCCUUGCAAUCACCAAAACAUAAGUGCGAGUUCAAAGAAAUGAUUGUGUCAAGUACAGGAUUCCAAGAACACCCAUUUCAACCCCGUUUUCCAUUUUCGUGGGUUAUAAUUGAGACUCUUGACGAGCUGUGUAGGAACCUUGUCUCCGACGCGGAUGGAAAGGAUCGUAUUGAUAAGUUCUCAACAGGGCUGAGUCAUGGACCAAUCGGCAACGUUCUUUCGAAAUUGAAUGCCAAACUGAAUGUCAGCUCUGAGCACGAUACCGACAGUUGUAAUCCAACACUCCAUGACAUUGUGUGCCGUGAGGUUUUGCUGACAACGAUUAGUUUUUGUGCUGAAAAAGAUGGAACACUUGAUCUGAUUCGGCACAUUGUUUGUGUCCGUCUUGCGUACGAAAACUUAUCAAUUCAACUCACAGACUUUCGACGCAUAAAUCAGAUCUGGCCAGGUUGUAGUGAAAAGUUAGAGAAAGAACGUCAAAAACAAAAUUUCAAAGACGACGCAAUUUUGCUUAAAGAUGACGUCAAUAUGAAAGAAAAAAAGGCGUUUUCGGCAGUGGAAAAAUUCUUACAAACGUGCAACAAGACCGCUGUGAAGGAAAGUAAUGGUUCGGAAGCGAAAUGUUGUCGUUGUGAACAUGUGUUAAAAAGUCCACCCAUAACUGUACCAUGUUCUAAUAAAGACAUCUUAUGUCACACAUGCUGCACCGAAAUGAAAGCGCUAAAAGAACACCAAUGUCCAAACUGUGAUGAACCGUUUUCAAACGAUUGGGAACCUGUGGAGGAUAAGGACAGAAAAAUCGGGAACGAAAAGCUGGAGAAUUAUCAAAAGCGUUGCAAUACCUUCUUUCUGGAAAUUGUUGCAAAACUUUGCUUUGCGGAUGACACACCGCCGUCAGAAGAAGUUCUUGAAAUACUCCUUGGUUAUGUAACAUGUACUUCAAUGUCUGGGAAAAUUUUCACCAAGAAUUUGAGUUUGUUUGACACAGGAAUAGAUCCCAAUCCGGUAUUCAGAUCAUUCUUGCUGCAACUUAUAUUGAAAACAAGAGUGUAUCUUGUAAAACUCCUAUAUCGAAGAUACGGCAUGGAUGUGUUCCAAAGUCUCGUAAAGUCGCCAAAUCCAAUAGUCAACUGGAUAGCGUUUGACGAUACAAACCGUGAGGAACUACGCGGUCGAGACGAGGACUACGAACGAUACUUGCUUUUAGCAUUUCACAGAGAAGUGACAUGCGGCAUGAUUCAGAAGACAUGGAGUGGAAAACCCGAGGAAUUGUUUGGCAAAAUGCUUCAUAACAAACUCCAACCAGGCUUUCUUGUAAUGGUUACUGAUACAGAUUUGUCAAAUCAAGGAUUGCGUUGUUUAUUGGUGCAUUUCAAGAUCGUCAUGUCUGCAGCUGACAAAAACCGAAUGGGAAACAUUUUGGACCCAUUAAUUAAAAUGAUAACUGGGGAUCCGAUUAUACACAACAUGAUGUUCCCUACAAUGCCCCAAGACGACCUUGGGGAAAUUCAGCAAGCUAUUUCAGCAAGUCGUGGAGAACACGAAAACCCAACAUUGUAUCGUACGUACAGCCUUGCUUGUCUGGACACAACGCAACGAGGACAUAUCCUUGGCGAAGCGAAUGUCGAUGAUGUUCGAGCCAUAUACCCCGAGAGAGAUCUUGGCUCCCUGCCAUGUGCUAUUCUCAGGCUUCUUGUCCAUAUGGCCAUGUUUCUUGGCCCUGUUGAUGAGAUUCAAACCGUCAUCAAGCCAGAUGUCGAUAAAGAACGUGUUCCUGAAUUCUUACUAGGCCAUAUUCGCGAGAACUUGAUCAGCUUGCACAGGGCGAUGGAGCGCAGUUCUGAUGAUAUUAUGUUAUUCAUGCACCAAAUCAUAGAACACAUUGCGUUUAAAGCAGGAACCCAGCAUGCGGAUGACCUUCUGGAAAACUUCAAUAAUGUAUUAGCGACCGACGAACGUUUUGGCGCUGAUCCUUUGAUGGCUCUCAUCUAUGAAACUGGCAGUAUCAAAGAAUCCGAACAUCCUGAAAGUUUAAUAAACAAUCCCAUGGUUUGGAGGUACCGCACUCAGAUUUCUGUUCAGCACAUUCGUCGGGAACUCGAAGCAACUGGACUUCAGGGUGAAAGGCCUCCUCGUGUACUCCAUCGCUUUAUUAGAGAGGACCACCUACUUCGUGCGAUUCGGUUCUUGCCCAAUAUAAUGAAUAUGCAACGAAUAAUUCUUCACAAGUUCCAAAAGAAACUGGAUAAAUCAGAAGCAAAUGUCAUUAGCAUAAAAUCAGUAAAGAAAGAAUCAUAUGCUGGGCCUAAUACGUGCAAAUGGAUAAACGAAUUUUCAUUGGUGUGGGAAAUCUGCAGACAAUCACUUGAACAAUACGCGUGCCCUUCGGAAUUCGGUUUACUGACAGUUCCACAGGGGUUUUGUACACGACAAAUAAAUGAUGACAUGCCAAUGUCAGUACUUUUACCAUCAACGACUGGUCCUGGAUUGUGCUCUUACAUAAUGCUGGAUUUCUUUUUUCGAAAACAGAACGACUUUUUGGACAACUACAUGAGAGAAUCUGGCAGACGCCGCGACACAAUGCAAAGUAUAAAACCAAUGGCCGUCACAUCCGCCCAUUUGAUCAGUUACGACCACGAGAAUGACCUGAUGCCCUUGAUAUUGGCCAACUGUCAUUACUCUUUCGAGAUGGGCGUAGGUACCAAAAUUGAGUAUGACUUUAUUGGCAUGGAGAGACAACUUAUAGACAGGCUUCUGUACUCCAAGUCAAGGAUAUACAUUCACCAAUACUUGGAGAUUGACCAGAUGGUGUAUAGAACAGAAGUCACAAACCAUGCUGUUCUCGAGAGACUUGCGGAAAAAAUCGUGCAGGUACGACUAAAUAAGGCGGCACAAACUCAAAUUUGUGAAGAUUUGAAGUCGCUCCCAGACGUAUGUAAAUCGCUGGAUUCUCUUGACAUUGCUAUCAGUUUUCUGAACAGCACUGGCGGAAAACCAAGCGAACACUUGCACACAUUCAUGAUUACAACUCUCCAGAUGGACAGUAGUAUUCUAAGUAAUAAGGCAAGCCAGUUUUGUGAACUGAAACAUGCUAGGGCAUUGUGGUUGCUGUUGUCGCAGCAGAAAACCAAGUUAUUGAUGGAUUGUCUACAGAGUACGGAGGAGGUUUUCGAAACCUUACCCAAUGAGUUCUAUGAAAAUCUCGGUCACGAGAUGAAUACCGUUUAUACGGAUUAUUUACAUAACUUGAGCAUUGAUAAGUUAUCGAGUCUACUGGACAUUAUGCACGAAUUCCUUAUUCUGAAUGUAGCAGUCCGCCAAAAUCCUAAUGAUGAGGAUUAUGUAGACACUAGUGUUUACCGUUUCGUUGAUGGCCUAAUCGAAUACGCUUCUCAAAACGAGUUGGAUACUGCAAUUACGGAACAUUUCCCAAGAGAUAUCUUGUAUGUUCACGGAGCGAACUCGUGGGUUUUGGGUUACAUGAUCCUUAAAAAGAAAAUGGGAGUUGGAAAGCUGCGUGGGAAGAUACAUAUGAACGGUCACAACUGCCCACCUACUGUGUAUGAGGCGUUUGAUUUCUCUGACUGGUGCCGGACGUACUCUCCCGCUGACUUCCCUGACUCCCAGAACUUGAAAGGAUCGCCAAGCGGAAUGGCAAUUGUCAAUAGGUGGAAAGUGGUUUCACUACAUCGCCGGAAGAGGACUGGGAGCGGCGGAGGUGGCAGCGUAGAAGACGAACAGGGUAGACUUUGGGCAGAGAUGCAGAUCAGGAUUUCGACGGGUUGGCCCUAUGAAGAAAAUGGAAGUGUCCCAGUACGGCGGUACUCAAUACGCUCCACGUGCUGGGGAAGCCGUUCUGGGGUUCGGGUCGACGGCUUGUGA